CCCCCCCUCCCCGCCCCUUCUCUCGAGCGUCCGUUACAGUUUAAACGUUUUUUUUUUCAAUCCGCGCGCGCCUCCUUUUUACCUUCGAAAAUAUAGCACACCUAUUUAAAUUGAGUUUUUUGAUGGACCAAUGGGGGACGAUCGGGAUUGUUAGGAUGACACGCGCACGUAUAGGUCGCGGCGCUACGUUCGGUCAUGUGUAAAUGUACGAGGUAUUCACCGCAGUCUCGGUCCGAUCGUCUCGUAGGCAUAACCACGAUUUUUCUCACCUCGAUUCCAAUCUUCGCGUAUGAGAAUAUUCAUUGCCAAAAUUUUCCUGCUUCGAGAUAAACAUCUCCGUGAUAAUUGUUGGUGCCAGUGUGUUACGAGCCCUUCGGGAUUAGUGAUGUGUCAAAAAAUAAGUGCUAAAAACAAAUAGGAAAACAGAAAACUCGAGUUACCGGAGGACAAUGAGCGUACGAUGAAUGUCCCGAUUGUGUCAGGUGAUAUCCUGCUGGAUGACGACGGGUACAGGCCACGCUUUGUUCGGGGCUCGGACCCCAGGGUCGCGACAUGUCGCGGAAAACUUCAAAACAAACGGAGCAAGCUCAAUCAGGAAAUCAACAAAGAGCUGCGGCUACGGGCCGGCGCGGAAAACCUCUUCAAGGCAACAACGAACAGAAAGCUCAGAGAGACGGUAGCACUGGAAUUGAGUUUCGUCAAUUCGAAUCUGCAGUUACUCAAGGAACAAUUGGCUGAGCUGAACAGUUCAGUGGAACUGUACCAAAAUGUCGAUGGAGAGGAUCCUGCGAUGCCCAUGAUUCCACUUGGCCUCAAAGAGACCAAGGACAUCGACUUCCGGGAUCCGUUCAAGGAUUUUAUUCUUGAACAUUACAGCGAAGAUGGAGAGCAUUAUGAGGAAGCGAUUGCGGAUCUUAUGGAAACGAGACAGGCGACGAGAACACCUACCAGAGAUGCAGCAGGAAUCGCUCUUUUGUUGCGAUACUACAAUCAAUUGUACUUCAUCGAAAGACGUUUUUUUCCGCCCGAUCGAAGCCUCGGUAUUUACUUCGAAUGGUUCGAUUCCUUAACGGGGGUUCCAAGCUGUCAGAGAACUGUCGCCUUCGAAAAAGCCUCGGUUCUCUUCAACGCUGGCGCUCUCUAUACGCAAUUGGGUGCGAAACAGGAUCGAAAAAGUCCGAGAGGACUCGAUCAAGCUGUCGACGCCUUCUUACGAGCUGCUGGCACCUUUAGAUACAUCCAUGAAAACUUUACCAAUGCCCCGAGCAUGGAUCUUGGGCCUGACAUGCUCGACAUGCUGGUCCAACUUAUGCUGGCCCAAGCGAGGGAAUGUUUAUUCGAAAAGCUGGAGCUCGAGUCCCGAGAGACUCGAAGUAUGGACGUAUCGUUGGAUUUGGCUCGAGAGGCGAGUCAAGUGGCCACGGUUUACAACGAGGUUCACGGCUCGAUAUCGCGACAACUUGUUCGGGAUUACGUGCCAGAAUCGUGGAUAUCUUUGAUAUUGAUAAAACGCGAGCACCAUUUAGCACUGGCCCACAGACACUGCGCAGCCGCUCUUUUGGAGCGUAAACUCUCGGAAUUUUCGAACGAGAGUAAACUCACUUUGGAGAGAAUGCAAGAAAGCGAUGGAAAAACUCAGAUCGAGUUCACGCUUCCGAAGGACGACAACGAGAGGCAGUUGCUGGGCAAAGCUCAUCUUCGCGAAGCUCUCGUGCUUCACGAAGAGAGCCAAAGACUUUGGAGAAUGUGUCGUGAACUCAAAGGCAAACAGGCUCUGGGAAAACUUUUGAAAAGAUGCCACGAAGCCAGCCUCGAGAGGUACGAGGCCGUUGGGAACGAGGACGAUUUUCGUGAACUUCUUGAUCCUCCACACAUUAUUGCAUCAACCAAAUUUCAAUUGGGCCUGACGCAUCCGGAUUUCGGUCAACACGGGGUCGACGACCUCUUCCGAUCCCUUGGCCCCGUCGCUAUAUUCUCAGCCAAGAGACACUGGACCGCUCCUCGGUUGAUUCAACUUCAACGUGGUCCAGGAGGCGAAGGUUUUGGUUUCAGUGUUCGCGGCGAUGCCCCUGUCAUCGUCGCUGCCGUUGAUCACAAUUCUCUGGCUGACCUCGGAGGAAUGAAAGAGGGCGACUUCAUCGUCGGUAUCGGCGAGAAAGACGUAAAAUGGGCCUCCCACGAGCAAGUUGUACGGCUGAUCAAACAAUGCGGAGAUUCCAUAAGCCUCAAACUCGUAACUCCGAUGGACAGAAAUUAUUUGAAGAAACCGGUGAAGCCGAGUAGUCGAGACAAAGGCAGCGUUUCUGCGAGCAGUUCGUCAGGAGUUUCAUCGGGUCAGCCGAGUCCUGCAGGUUCGGUGACAACGGCGCACGUUGCACGAAGCCGAAUACCUUGGAAUCCUUUUAAGAAGUCGAAUGGUCAACGAGACAGCAGGGAUCUAACAUUUGACAACGUUAUUCUCAGAUGAUAAGCAACUCUGCGAAUUCCCAUAUACGGAAAAGAGAAGAAUAAUUGUACAUACAUGCCGUUUAGGUUCGCAAAUUACACCAACUCGAAUAAGUUUGUCGGCCAUUUUAGAAGAAAAAAUAUAUUUCCACGUAUGACGAUCAUCGAUGCGGUUGCCAAAUGAUUGUUAAAGAGAGAAUUGAAAAAAAAAAGAGAUUUUUUGUUCGAUCUCCCGUUUUUUUUUGCUUUUCUCUCGUACGAAUGUUCGCGUACCGUGGAAAUGGAGUAUUGGGCCAGGGUGGGGGGAGAAGCCAUUCGCCGACGGUCGAUGAUCGUAGCCAAACCAACAACAAUCAUUAAACAAUAUUUAUAAUUGUAUAUCCGUAGGAAUCCCGUGUUUUGUAGUCUGUCGAAGUAAAUAAUCGAGUGUAUAAAUAUUAUUGUAUUUUAACGACUGUCAAUUAAAAUUGUAAAUAGCAAGUGGAGAAUAAAUGUGUAGAAUCGUCUUGCAAAUUGAA